GUGUGUGUGUGUGUUAAAGGAAUAAACCACACCCACAGGCUGACACGCUUUGCCAACCCAUCAACCAGGAAGUCUCUCUGCUCAGAAUAAAGAAACAAUAAACCUAAAGAAUUAAAACACUAUAAUGGAAUCUUACCAAUCAACAGAAUUAUCUGGUAAUGAUAAUUUUAACUCUGAAGAGGAAAAAACAUUAGCUGCUUCCAACCAUCUCUCUGAGCUGCGGCUUAUCCUUUUGGGCUGGCGGUGGCCUGGGAAAAGCCUGACUGGAAACACUAUCCUUGGGCGUGAAGAGUUUCGGCUAGAACGAGCGGCUGAAUUCUCUGUGAAACGUGAUGCAGAGCGCAACGGUCGCAAGCUGACUAUUGUGGACACGCCAGGGUGGUUUUCAGCUCAGACCACUCCAACAGCUUAUCAACAGGAGAUGGCUCGAAGCCUGGGUAUGUGCCCUCCGGGGCCACAUGCUUUCCUGCUUGUCAUUCCUGUAGGCAUGUUCACAGAAAUGGACCGGGCGAGAAUCGAGGAGAACUUGGUGCUGUUUGGUGAGGCUGUGUGGAGGCACACCGUGGUGGUGUUUACAUGGGCCGAGGUGCUGAAGAACAUGCCAAUUGAGAGACACAUCCAUCGUCAGGGUAGUGCACUGCAGUGGGUGAUGGACAAGUGCAAGAAGAGAUACCAUGUCAUCAACAAUGACACAUUCGGAGAGCACACACAGGUCCCACAACUGAUUGAGAAGGUGGAAAAGAUGGUAGCUGAGGAGGGAGGGCACUUCAGACCCAUGACAGAGGAGGAAAAAGUGCAGAAUCAGGAUACAGCUGAAGCUACUGAUGAGAACUCAAACCCAAAAGAGAUGAAAGAGAAGCGUGAGCUUGGAGCUCGGCCCAAACAGAACUGUUCCUUCAGCUCAGUGCAGGACUGUUGAUGCGGAGAGUACCCAUAAUUUGAUGGAAGAAGUAUCUGAUAAAAAGAUGGCGACCAGAGAGUGAAUUUGUGCUGCUUCAUUACAUUCCUUUAUCUGAAGCCAUUUGGUGAAUAUCUGCAGCUACAGGAAAUUACUAUUUAUUUACCUAAAACCACAAAGGGAUGUAUUUAUUUUACAUACUGGAUGUAAAAUAAGAAUCAGUUGAUCUGCUCUAAUGAAGUUUUUACACUAUUAUAAAAACUAGUUGUUCGUUUAAUUUUGCUUUUUUUUCUCUUUUACUUUUAGUUUCUUUUAGUUUUUUUCUCUUUUGUAUUAGUAUGCCAUUACUGUAUCAAAAUCUAGAGUUAAAACUGCUACUGGACAUUGUAUAACCUAGAUACAAACCCCAAUAUUUCUCAUUUUCUUUUAAACAGUUAAACCAAACUUGUGCCUUGACUAAAACCUGCAAUUACCACCAUGAGCAUGAUCAAUAGUAAUACAUCUGAAAGAAGGGCAGAAAUCUAUAAUUUGUAUUCUUCUUGUUUAGAUGUAUUAUUAUUAUUGUUGUUAUUAUUACAAUGGAAUUGUGAACCUUUGUUUAGCCACACUUGAAAAAACAUUAAUGUUUUGCUUUUUAUAUUAUAUAAAAAAAUAUUUUUAUUGUUUGUUGUUAAAAUGUACUUUUGGGGAACAUUUUAAAUGGAGUAAAAAACGCUUUUCUUUGACUGUUGUAUUUUUCUUUUCUUUUGACUUCUGUAUAUUUAAACUGUAUAUUGCAGGGCUCUUUUCAUUGCACCAAGUAUAAAUAUUCAACAGAAUGUCAAACUGGACAAUGGAAAAGCUUUCACCAAGACAAACAGUGAAACAGCCAACGGUGAAUAAUAAUGAAGAGAUUAUUGCUGAUGCACUGAUGGUAUAUGAUGAUUAUAUUUAAUUAAAAACAUAAAAUUGAGAAGGUCAUGAGAUAUAUGGUAUUAAACAAUAAGUUCCAGAUGGAGUUUAAUAUAUCUGCUCAUAUAUAAAUUGAUUAACAAUUGUUGAAACAGUUUAAAUAGUUGCAUGUCUCUGUGAUGUAGUUUUGCAAUCAGUAGAAUUUCUGUAAUUAAAAGAAAGUGUGAUCCAA